AUGGCAAAACUAGAACCUUAUGUGCCUGGAUACUACCUCUGGAAUUAUAUGCCAUCCAUUCCAGCGGCAGUCAUCUUCAUCGUCCUCUUCCUGGGAGCCACCGCCGUUCAUUUCUUCAAGCUAUUCCGAUCACGAGCAUGGUUUAAUAUUCCCUUAGCCAUCGGUGGAAUAUUUGAAGUGAUCGGUUACAUCGCCCGCGUCGCCGCUCACGAGCACACAGCCGAUCUCAUCCCCUUCUCUAUACAGAGCGUGUUCAUCCUCCUCGCCCCCGUUCUCUUCGCAGCAUCAGUAUACAUGACCCUCGGACGAAUCAUCCACAGCGUCAAUGCAGGGCAACACUCUCUCAUCCCUCUCCGCUGGCUGACAAAGCUAUUCGUCAUAAGCGAUGUUGUUUCCUUCCUCGUGCAGGGCAGCGGAGCGGGCUUAAUGGCAAUGGAGUCAAUGGGGACCCUGGCGAAAAUUAUCGUCAUCGUCGGUCUGGUUAUCCAAGUGGUCAUGUUCAGCUUUUUUAUAGUUGCCGCAGCUGUGUUUUAUCUGCGCAUGCAACAGCGUCCGACACGCGAGGCGUUGGAAAUGCCCUGGAGACACCAUAUGUACACACUCUUCGCUGUCAAUUUUCUGAUCCUGGUUCGAUCGAUCUACCGAGUUGUUGAGUACGCGAUGGGCAAUAAUGGGUACCUCUUGUCGCAUGAGUGGCCAUUGUAUGUCUUUGACACGGUGUUGAUGUGGUUCGUUAUGGUGAUUUGGGCUGCGAGGUAUCCUGGCAAU